UCAGUACCUCUCUUUCAAUCUCAGGGACACAAAUAACCACAACCGCAGGAAAAUUUAGAAAAAGGAGAAAAUUAUUCAAGAAAAUGGCAGAAAACAGGCACCAAGAGGUUGGCCACAAGAGCCUUCUGCAAAGUGAUGCUCUUUAUCAGUAUAUUCUUGAAACUAGUGUGUACCCAAGAGAACCAGAGGCCAUGAAAGAACUCAGGGAACUGACUGCCAAGCAUCCCUGGAACAUUAUGACUACCUCUGCUGAUGAAGGUCAGUUCUUGAACAUGCUUUUGAAACUGAUUAACGCCAAAAACACAAUGGAAAUUGGUGUUUACACCGGCUACUCUCUCCUGGCCACUGCCCUUGCAAUUCCGGAUGAUGGGAAGAUUUUGGCAAUGGAUAUUAACAGAGACAACUAUGAAUUGGGUUUGCCCGUAAUUGAAAAGGCUGGCGUUGCCCACAAAAUUGACUUCAAAGAAGGCCCUGCUUUGCCUGUUCUUGAUCAAAUGAUUGAAGACGGAAAGUACCAUGGAACAUUUGACUUUAUAUUUGUGGAUGCUGACAAAGAUAACUACAUCAACUACCACAAGAGAUUAAUUGAACUGGUUAAAGUGGGAGGAGUGAUCGGGUACGACAACACCUUGUGGAACGGGUCUGUGGUGGCCCCACCUGAUGCACCAUUGAGAAAGUAUGUGAGGUACUACAGGGAUUUUGUACUGGAACUCAACAAGGCUUUGGCUGCAGAUUCGAGGAUCGAGAUUUGCAUGCUUCCCGUGGGUGAUGGAAUUACCCUGUGCCGCCGCGUCAGCUGAGCACUUCAUGAAAAAUUAUUAUUAUUAAGUUUCGUUUUUAUUUUAAAUUUGUAACUUGUUUUUGUACUUCAAUUUGGAUGAACAAAGAAAUCUAAUUAUCCAAAAAUAAACAUUAUUUUCUAUCAACAUCAGGGUUGCUUUGGAUU